AUGAGCAGUCCCGAGCGCAGGACCAGGACAUCGUCGUCGCAGGUGACAGGAAACGCCGCCGCCGCCACCACCACCACCACCACCACAGCUUCCCAAUCGCCACGGAGAUAUACUCGUAAGAAGAAUAAUAGGAAGAGGGACAGGUCACCGCCGCCAACCCCUGCCAAGAAGACCAAGAAACGCAAGCUGCGCGAUGAUAUUCUGCAAGAUAACUUUUACGCCAUCAAAGAUAUUAUCGACGAAAAAUUCAUAGGCAGCCAGCGUUAUUACAAAAUUGAUUGGGAAGACCAUCCCAUCACAGGAGAAACCUUUGAACCUUCCUGGGAGCCAGAGGAAAACGCCAACGAGGAGGCUGUUGAGGACUGGGAGUGGGAGAAGCAGCGUCAGGUCCUUCUCGGUGUUGCCCCCUCGAGCCCAAGGUCAUCGCAGGAUCAAGCCACGGAGUCGUCACCCAGCAGUCAUCCUGGCACCAUCUACAUUGAGCUUCAGUCCAAAUCAGACUUCCUCAAGUCCAGGCCUGACUUUGACACUGCUGACGUCCUCACCAUCUCUGCGUCUCAACUCUCCAACUUCUCCUACCUGGAUUGUGAGAACGAACUGCCGCCCCCACAGUUCCUCAUCAUCUCUUCAAACCCAGGCCAAGGUGUAAUUGGUACUGCUGAUUCGCAGUCUGUCAUUCCUGGGUCGGACCUGUCCCAACAGGCACCAACAGCCAUCAGGACUAAAGUUCACGUCAGCCAGACUACCAUCCCUGAUUCACAAGAAUUUUCCACAGAUAUCAGCCAGGACCCUAUAGAAGUGUCGUGGACUGGUGCAGAACCCCCGCAAAGUGGGCUUGAAAGCCACAAAGUCAGUCACAAAGAAUCGUCAGGAUCCUCGGUUCCAUCCCGUCAGCCUGAUAGCAAUCAGCUGUCCUUUGAGCACGACUCUAUUUCUUUCCAUGCCGAGGGCCAGCUCCUCUCUCAAGGACACCCUCCCACUCCUCCGCUCCAGCCUGCUCUGGACUCUCAGGCCUCAGCCAGGCUCCCGUCGUCCAGGAACACCUUUGAACGUUUCUUGACGCAACCUCCGUUUGAGGCUGGCGAAUUUAGUCUAUCAACAAAUUCUAGAAUACGAUCUCAGGAUCCCAUCGUCACGACAAGCGGGUCUCAACAGCUUGCCUCGUCCGCGCAGAAUACACCUCUGGAAGACUCUCACCAGCCAGCACAAGAGAUUUCACCGUUGUCAAACCAGCAGCAGUCACACUUCCUAACACAGACUGAAGCAUUCUUUUCCGCAUCUGAAGACUACGAGAUCGUCCCAGAAACGUCACAAGAAAAGUCAGCAUUCCGGGUCCACCAACACAUUGUCCCAACAGACACAAAAUCACGGCUUGCGAUAAUGGAUGAUUCACAGCCUGCCGAGUCGGAGCGGUCGGCACUGGAAGCGCUUCGAGCGAUCCAGAUGCAAUUCUCCAUUCCGCCGCACAUGAGGCGAUCUUCUGAGCGUCCAGUUGACGCUGCACAAAGCAGCGGCGAGGCAAAUCGGACUGGGGACGAACCCCCAACGCCCAUCUCGCCAUCCGACAUCAUCAGCACUGUUGAGCUAGACAGUACCGAGAACCCCGGACAAGCAUCCCCGGCUUUUGCGGCGGCUGCUGUCAACCAUAUACUCGAGCCUGGCGGUCCAAUUAACGAUGACAUGCCUGCCACAAUCUCGCCGUCUGUAUUACUUGCAACAACAGUGUCAGAUCCACUUUUAGAAGCAUCGUCGCAAGACUCUGAUGUUCUUGCUGCUGCCGACCCUUUAGCGGAAGCAAAGACUCCUGAUACGGUAAUGCGGGAUGAAGAACGAUAUGGAAUUCUCCCUUCCGCGGAAACCGCAGCCAACCAAUACAUCAUUACAUUACCGCCCCCAGCACGGGCUCGAGCGCAGUGGCCAGACAUUCUCAAACUUAACCGCCAGGAGAUGGAAGCAUUCAAGGUCACCUUCUCACAGAACGCGCCAGGCUCGCCGAACGACAGAGUGAUCGCGAGGAUCGACACAAUGCUUCACUCCCUAGGCGAGAUGAGCAACCUUCCACCUUAUCACAAAGAUUUGGAAAGCCUAACACAGGUCGAAUGGAUGAGAUAUGCCCGCGACACCACGAGCAAACUCUCUUUCAUUUACGAAUUUCUCGAUAGGCUGCGGGACGUUCAAGUUGAGAUAGUCAUCCUUACUGCUGGAGGCGCAGUGGCAGAAAAGGUGGAAGCCAUUGUGAGCCAGGGCGGUUUCACAUACCGUCACGCACAGCAACAAGACUGGUCGCAUCCAUCAUCUGAAGACGGCUCAGCAUGCAAGGUUGUUCUGGUUGACACGACUCAACCAGCGCAACCACCGCGGCUUACCGAAAAUAUUGUCAUCGCCUACGACGAGACGGCAGAAACCUCCGGUGUCCUCCAGCCUUACAAGACCAGAGAGCUCAACGACCAGACACCUCUGAUCUUCAGUCUAGUCGAGUUCUACUCGCUCGAGCACAUCAACCAGCGCUUGUCUCCCAGAAUGGAUCCUAUGGAGAGAAGGUUCGCCCAGUUGGAGUGCAUCGCCGCGUUGGCCGGUUACGCAGAAGAUGAGACAGUCUUGGAGGGAAUCCCACCGCCACACCAGUUCGCCAGUGAUUUGGCUCGGUACCUAGUCGAUGAGACUGGAUUUCACCCUCCAGACCUCAGGUGGGACACCUGGGAGCACCAGCACGUUCCUGACAUCAUCUUCGAUUACUACAAGAGCGCACGAGACCAGGUGACUUCGGACGGGAACAGGAAGCGUAGACGUGAGGACGCAGGAGAGGAGGUUGAAAAGUCCAAGCGGGUCCGCAUGGGCCGGCCAUCAGAUGAGGAGCAGCUGAGCGAGGAGUUGAUGGCCCGCUUCGGCAACAGCGUGCAAUUGAAGGAUGGCAUGGCUCUAGUCUCGCUUGAGAAGCUGGAGGACCUCGUUGGUCUUGUCAAAGAUCUGCAGGUCGGCCUAAACAGGAAGAGUGAGGAGGUCAAGAGUCAUAUCAUGACUAUCCAGAGGUUCCACCCUAAAUACUACGAUGCCAUUGGCGAACGCGGCAAGUUCGAGGCUGAGCGCAACCAGGCCCUCCAGGAAAAGGAGAGGGUCCAGAAGGAGCUCGAGCGCAGUGAGUCCAAGGUCGCUAAGCUCGCCGAGGACAGGCAGCAGCUCGAGGCCCAGCUCCGGGAGCUCACCGAAUCCGAGAACCCGACUCUCGCCGAGAUAGCCCAGCGCGAAAUCGCCCUCAAAAAGGCGCAGGACGCAGCCGCCAGUGCGGAGCGUCAGGCCGCCAGCAUCCGCAAGGACCUCGAUUUCGCGCGGGACCGCUACCAGGACGCCUCGGAUAAGGCUGCGGCCCUAGGCCAGGAGAAUGCCGAGCUGAGGCAGCAGGUCCGGGACCUUGAGGCACGCGCCAGCACGAAUCUGAUCGAGAUCCGCCGCAUAGCCACGGAGCGCACCGACGCCUCGCUGCGCCACAAGUGGUUGAUGGAGAGGGAGGCCCGUCUUGACCGCGAGCGCGAGAUUGAACGCCGUAAUGAGGAUAUGCGUGUGUACAAGGCCCGCUUCGGCGGCCGCGAGACGCGCGGAAGUAGUGUGCCCCGCUCGCCGCGCAUUCGCCAGGUGAGCAGCCGGAACACGAGUCCGGUUGGCGAUAGCAACAACAACAUCGGAGGGCCCAUCGGCAGCGGCAACGGAAAUGGUGGGAAUGGCAAUGGACUUGGAGGGAAUCUUUUCGGGCCCAGGGGAUCGCAUCUAAGGGAGCUGUAG